GAGCCUGCCCGUCGGGACUCCGGUGACGAGGGGCGGAGGAAGCAGCGGCCGGAGCCGGAGCGGGGGGCGCUCGCCGCUGCCCCGGGGCCGGGACAUGUCGUCGGCGGCGGUGGCGGCUGCUUCUCGCAGGCAGUCGUGCUACCUGUGCGAUCUGCCCCGCAUGCCCUGGGCCAUGAUCUGGGACUUCACCGAGCCCGUCUGCCGGGGCUGCGUCAACUACGAGGGCGCGGACCGCGUGGAGUUCGUCAUCGACACGGCGCGGCAGCUGAAGCGGGCGCACGGCUGCUUUCCCGAGGGCCGGGCCCCGCCACCGCCCCACGCCAAGCAGCCUCCGCUCUCUGCCAAGGAGCUCCUGGCGCAGCAGCAGCAGCUCGGCCACCCCUCGGCGGCGGAGGCGGCGGCGCGGCCCCCGCCGCAGCCCCUGGAGCGCUACUCGCUGGCGGCCGAGCGGCCGCCGCCCCGCCUGGGCGCCGAGUACGGCGGCGGCCGGCAGGUCAACGGGAUCCUGGUGCCCAACGGCUUCCCCAAGCCCGAGGAGCCGCCAGAGCUGAACCGGCAGAGCCCGAACCCGCGGCGGACGCACGCCGUGCCGCCCACCCUGGUGCCGCUGGUGAACGGCGCCGGGCUCCCCGCCGCCAUCGGCGGUCUGGGCAGCCGCGCCGCCGCCGCGGCCGCCGCCUCGCUGGCCGCCAUCUCCGCCGCGCCCGCCCCGAUGGCCGUGCCCGUGCCCCAGCAGCCGGCGGCGGCGGCGCAGGCGGCGGGGCAGGCGGCGGGGCAGCCUGGCGAGCUGGGGCACAAGCGCCCCGGCUCUGUCUCCUCCUCCUCCUCGGGUGGCGGCGGCGGCGCGGCGGGGGAGCACGACACUGGCGCCAAGGAGAAGCGGGGCUCUGCCGAGAGCCUGCCGGCGGCGGCGGCGGAGCUGGCCGCGGAGGGCAAGGGCCGGCCGGGCGCCGAGCAGGAGUGGCUAGCCAAGCCCAAGACAGUGCGGGACACGCUGCUGGCCCUGCACCAGCACGGGGGCCACGCCGUGCCCCCCUUCGACAGCAAAUUCAAGAAAGAGCCGGGCAUGGCGGGCGGCAGGCUGCUGGGCUACGAGACCAACGGCUCCGUUGCCAAGCCAGGGGCCCGGGCCGCCCGGAAGAGGAAGCCUUCCCCGGAGCCGGAGGGCGAGGCUGGACCCCCGAAGAUCAACGGGGAGGUGCAGCCCUGGCUGCCCACCUCGUCGGAAGGGAUGAAGCUGCCGCUGACGGCCACCCCCUUCAUGUCGCCCCCGCCGCCCACCGCCUCGCCCCACUCCAACCGGACCACGCCGCCCGAGGCGGCACAGAACGGCCAGUCCCCCAUGGCUGCCCUCAUUCUGGUGGCGGACAAUGCCGGGGGCAACCACGCCUCCAAAGACGCCAACCAGGUCCACUCCACCACGCGGAGGAACAGCAGCAGCCCCCCCUCGCCCUCCGCCAUGAACCAAAGAAGGCUGGGCCCCGGCAGGGAGGUGCCGGGCCAGGGGGCCAGCGCGGCGGCGGCGGGCGGGCUGGAGCCCGUCCACCCCGCCAGCCUGCCGGACUCGUCCCUCGCCGCCAGCGUCCCUUUGUGUUGUACCCUCUGCCACGAGCGCCUGGAAGACACCCACUUCGUGCAGUGCCCCUCCGUCCCCUCCCACAAGUUCUGCUUCCCCUGCUCCCGGCAGAGCAUCAAGCAGCAGGGAGCCAGCGGGGAGGUGUAUUGCCCCAGCGGGGAGAAGUGUCCCCUGGUCGGCUCCAACGUCCCCUGGGCCUUCAUGCAAGGGGAGAUCGCCACCAUCCUGGCCGGAGAUGUGAAAGUGAAAAAGGAGAGGGACUCGUGACUCGCCUGCGCUCGCCGCCCGACGUCACCUUGAACUCGAACUGCUCGAAUUCUGUAUAUAUCUAUAAAUAUAUAUAUAUAAAUAUAUAUAUAUC